AUGAAAGAAACACCGCCCUACGAAACAGCACGAAUGGGAGAUCCAUGGGUACCGGGGGUAUUCAAACAACUUCCUUGGGGUGGGCUCCUAGCGCUGGUUGGUGUCGCCAUUUGCUGUCUUGGCCCGGUGGCUAUCCUUAAAGACUCCGACGGCAAACCGACUGCAACCUGGCCCGACCAAAAACACCCAAUCCAACCUGCGGUUCUUCUCUCGAUAUGUGCAGCCAUUGGAAAUACUCUGUUGCGUUAUGCAUUAUUUCAAGGAUGGAGCAUCGCUUGGUGGGUCGAGGCACUCCGAGGCAGCACGGUUGGGGAUCUCCAUCGCCACUGGGAAUAUGGCACAAGCGUCUUGGCUUCAGUCACCUCGACCAGGCACUUCAACCGUAUCGCUUUGGGAACACUCAUAGCGAGUAUUGUUGUAAUUGAUGGUCCUCUUCUCCAAAAAGCUACUUCCUCUACGACACGACCUCUGGUCAGUCCAGCGAAUAUAACAGCGCAGAUCUCGCCAAACCCAUUGCCUUUGGGAUACACUGCGGUGAUGACAGGCCAUUCUGGGACAGUUUUCCCCAAAUUUGAUUUUGUUCAGCAAGUGAUGCAGGGUUUCAACAAUCGAACUGCUAUCCAACUCAACUAUACCGGGUGCAAUGGCGUAUGCAAUACCACCCUUCAAGCUGCUGGAUUUGACGUACAUUGCUCGCACAGCACUCAGCCAUACAACAUUAGCGAGUACUCCGCGGGCACAUCUUAUGGGAUGGGUUCCACCAACAUUACCUUCAACAAUGAUGGAUAUGAUGGUUUGAUUCGCGUGCAAACUGCAUUCAAGUCUACUCCAGGCUGCAUAGGCAAUCUAGCCGUUGCCGAUUGCCAAUACAAUAUUUCUCAGGUGAAUUACCCAGUCCAGGUCAGCAAUGGCACCGUCGAGCUCCUGCCACGCCCAACCGACGCGAACGAUACGAUCAAAGUAUGGCAGCUAUAUCAAGAGGUCCACGGGCUUGGCCAGUGGCCAUCCACUCUAGGUGGGAUUUACAGCGUAGCGUAUACCAAAUACGAGUCGUCUAGCAGUUUUUACAUUGAUGGAACCCCCUUGUCCCUUAUGUAUUCAGGCUCGAUCCCCAUUCAAUACCUUGUCGCCAACUCGAGUACCUUGGGAACUUGCGAUAUGUAUUGGACAGACCCGACACCGGAUAUAAUCGCUGGUAUUCGGGAACUUGGGUUUCGCACCGCGAUCGCCGCGACCAACUCAACUACCGACCAGACUUUCGAGGCAACCGAGAUCGCCAUUGUCCAAGUGUACGUCUCUCACUACCACUACUUAGGUGGUGCGUUGCUCGUCAUGUUCCUUGGAGUUGUGUUAGUCUUUCCAACUUUCCUCGGUUGGUGGCAGCUGGGACGAAAGAUGUCCUUCAGCCCAAUCGAAAUUGCCAAGGCUUUCAACGCGCCACUUUUGGCAGAGUUUAGGUCGAAUAGCGAGAUGAAGAAAAUAUUGAAGGAAGCGGGAGGGUUAGAAGUGGUGUACGGAGAAGUUGUGAUGCCCGGUAGUGAGGGGGAAAAGAAAAGUCUUCAGAUGGCGAACCCGGAAUUUGCUAUCAGGCCAAGGGCUAAAUUUACUUAUGAUGGGUGAUUGUUCUGGAUUUCAU